GUCAGUACAAUAUUGUCCACCUAUUGAUUAUCUUCUCUAUAUAAUAAUAUCUAUAACCUACUAACAAAUAUAACCAACAUUUCCAGGGCAAGAAAAGAAUAUUUACAUCAUUAACCAACUCUUACUUCAAAAAUGGAAAUUUUGAAGGAUGAUUGCCAUGUUCUAAUUAUAACAUUUCCAGGACAAGGAAACAUUAAUCCAUGCAUUCAAUUUUCCAAACGUCUAGUCAAAUUAGGAGUGAAUGUCACAUUCUCCACAAGUCUAACAGCUUUCAAUCGCAUCACAAAUCUUCCAACCAUAGAAGGAUUAACAUUUGCUCCUUUCUCUGAUGGUUUUGAUGGCAACUUCAAAGGGUCUAUGAAUAACUUCCACGAGUUCAAUAAUUCAUUCAGGACUCAUGGUUCGGAGUUUAUGAUCAAUUUGGUCAAAACCAGGGCAAAAGAGGGCAACCCCUUUAAACGUAUUAUUUACACGACCUUGACUGGUUGGGUUGGUUUACUAGCCACGAGCAUAAACGUUCCAUCGACGUUUCUUUGGAUUCAACCAGCCACAGUUUUGGAUAUUUACUACUAUUUUUUCAAUGGUUAUGAGGAUACUAUCAAGAAUUUUCCAAAGGAUAAAUUUUUAGAGCUUCGUGGGCUGCCUUUGUUAUCCCCUCGGGAUUUGCCUUCGUUCGUAUUUGCUGAUUCAAAUGAUUGGACAUUAUUGUCAAUGAAAGAUCAUGUUGAGUUAAUGGACAGCGAGAUAAACCAAAGGGUGCUUGUGAAUACUUUUGAUGCUUUAGAACCUGAUGCGUUGAGUGUUUUAAAGAAUGUGAAUAUGGUUGGAAUUGGCCCUUUAAUUCCUUCAGCUUUUCUUGAUGGAAAUGAUAGUUCUGAUACUUCAUUUGGAGCUGAUAUGAGACAGGAUUCAAGGGAUUAUAUUGAGUGGUUGGAUUCUAAGGCUAAAGAAUCUGUAAUAUAUAUAGCAUUUGGUAGCUAUUCUAUGAUACCAAAUCAACUUAUGGAAGAGAUUGCUCAAGGAUUAGUAUUGUGUAAAAGGCCAUUUUUGUGGGUAAUUAGAGAGGGGCAAAAUGGGGAAAAGCCAUUUGAAAAGUUGAGUUGCAAAGAGGAAUUGGAAGAGUUAGGGAAAACUGUUUCUUGGUGUUCACAAGUGGAGGUUUUACAACAUCCUUCUUUGGCUUGUUUCUUGACUCAUUGUGGAUGGAAUUCGACUAUUGAGAGCUUAGCUUCGGGGGUGCCAGUUGUGGCGUGUCCACUCUGGACCGAUCAAUUAUGCAACGCGAAGCUUAUUCAAGAUGUUUGGAAGACGGGAGUCAGAGUAAACGCCAAUGAUGAAGGCGUUAUUGAGAGGAAUGAGUUCGAGAGGUGUAUAGAGAUUGUGGUUGGAGAUGGGGAAAAGGGGAAAGAAUUAAGAAAGAAUGCUAAGAAAUGGAGGAAUUUGGCUAAGGAUUCUAUGAAAGAAGAUGGUUCAUCUAAUGUCAAUCUCAAGGCUUAUGUUCAUGAGGUUUUGCUUGGUGAAUAAAUCAUUCGUAAGUUGAAAGAAAAAGUUCAUUCAAACAUUCAAGUGAUGGCUAUGUGAGUCCUACUUUUAGAGAUACAGAUGAUUGAGCAGGUUCUAAUUCCAGAUCUUUACCUCAGUAAAAGGCAGAUGUUUCUCUCCUUGUAAAUCUAGUGCAGAAUGCAAUGUACAGAAAAUGUGUUCACAAUGUCGAAAGAGUAUGCGUUGGAGGUCUUCUAAGAGUUGCAUGGCUCCAAAUUAACCUAAUUUAAAUUAAUUUCAGAUGAUAAAAGUCGUGUUUUA